UUGACCACACGUAGAUGGACGAGCGGCGCUGGAGCCACUGGUACAGGAGGACUGCAGGCAGCUGCUGCUGCCCGUCACAGAGCCGGAGCACACGUGCACGCGCUGACCGCCCGGCUCUUGUUCAGCUCAGGGCUCACGGCCGACCCCCCCUCUGAACGCGACACACACACAGAGCCAGAAACCGGGAUGAAGACUGUGGAACACAAGCUCAUCUUUCUGCUGGUUUUCGUCACAUCAGGUUUCAGCAUGCAGAGAGCACCUCGUAUCAUCACCUUGCUGGAGACAGUGGAUAUCCUACUGGAUCACAAUGCGACCUUCAUCUGUGAGGUGGACUCCCGUCCACCGGCUGAAAUCACCUGGACAAAGAAUAACCAGCCGAUUAUGUACUAUGACGCCCGAUACCUGACCAGAGAGAAGGGUCAGAUGCUGCUCAUCCCUCAUGUGAGAGAGGCCGACAACGGAGAGUACUGCUGCCUGGCCAGGAACGGAAUAGGAGAGCCGGCAAAGAGUUGUGGGGCUCUUCAGCUAAAGAUGAAGCCUCAGAUCAAACGGCAUCCCACCAAUGUAACCCUGCUGGUUGAAUCCAAGGCCGUGCUGCCCUGUGUUACGCUGGGCAAUCCCAAACCUGACGUCACGUGGCUCAAAGAUGACGAGCUCAUCACAUUGAGCGAUCGUGUUACCAUUCUUGAUUAUGGGGCACUGAAAAUCCACAAUAUACAAAAGGAGGAUGCAGGACAGUACCGCUGUGUGGCCAGGAAUAGCUUCGGAUUAGCUUUUUCCAAGCCGGUCACCAUAGAGGUUCAGGCUCCUGCACGGAUCCUGCGGGUUCCAAAGGAAAAGAGAGUAGCCUUUGGCAGUCAGACAUCCCUGGAAUGCAAUGCCACAGGAAAUCCAAUCCCCACUAUCACCUGGCUGGAAAAUGGAAACACUAUCUCAGGUGCCUCAGUGGAGGAAACCAUAGUGGGAGAGGUGAUACUGUCUGUUCUGAGAGUGACGGUGAAUAAGCCAGCUCUGUAUACCUGCCUGGCCUCCAACAGACACAGUGCCGGGGCCAAUACCGUCAAAGCUACCACCAGGGUCACUGUGGCAGCUAAUGUGGCUUUUCCCUCCUCCGACAGGCUCUACAAAGGCAUUUCAGGCUACUGCAGCGCGUACCGUGGAGACAUUUGCCGCAACAUUCUCCAGGAUGACUCGCUGGUUUUCUUCAACUCCUCGCUCUCUGAUCCUGAGGAGAUGCAAGAGUACCUGGUGCAAAGCUGGUGGGCGGAGCUGGAGGGACUCAGCGGCCUGUGCAGCCCGGCCAUACGCUCGCUCCUGUGCCACUCCUCCUUCCCCAACUGCAACCCCUCCGGGCUGGGACCCGCACCCAAGCCGGUCUGCAGAGAGCACUGCCUGGCGGUGAGGGAGCUGUACUGCCAUAAGGAGUGGCUGGUACUAGAGGGCAGUUUUUCAGUCCAGCCCAGGCUCUUCAGCUCAGUUAUGGGCUCUCAGACCUCCAGUUCCCUGCUGCCCAACUGCCAAGCCCUACCCAGCCUUCACACAGACCCCGAGGCUUGUACAUAUGUUCCUUUUGUGGCCAUGAAGACCGAUCAGAUUACAACAACAUGCUACAACGACAGGGGUCGUUUCUACCAAGGCGGUGUGAAUGUGACGAGGUCCGGGGUCCCAUGUCAGCCAUGGAAUCUACAGGUUCCCCACCAGCACCGAUUGUCUGUGGACGUCAUUCCUGAGCUGAAGAACUCCGACAACCACUGCAGGAACCCUGGAGGAAUCAGCGACAAGCCCUGGUGCUACUCCUCCAGUCCCAACAUACGCUGGGAGUACUGUGCUGUUCCCCAGUGUGGGGCAAUAGCCACGGCCCCAGUGAUAAAGCCCGAUUUGACCGGGCCUCAGAAGAUCCCUCGUCUCCCUCCCACGACCACCGCGUCGUCCCCGGCUUACUCCAUGUCCGUCCUCGUAAUCAUCCUAACCUCAAUCGCAACUGCGAUCUUUCUCACUAUCGUUAUCCUGGGCUGCCGCAGGAGGCGGAAGCAGUGGAGGAACCGAAAAAGGGAGAUGGAGACCCCGACGCUGAGCGCUCUCCCAUCAGAGCUCCUGCUGGAUCGACUCCACCCCAACCCGAUGUACCAGCGGGUUCCUCUGCUGCUGAACUCAAAGCUCCUGGCCCUGGAAUACCCCCGCAACAAUAUCCAAUAUGUUCGAGAUAUCGGGGAGGGAGCCUUCGGACGUGUUUUCCAAGCCAGAGCGCCAGGCCUGCUGCCGACGGAGCCUUUCACCAUGGUGGCCGUGAAGAUGCUGAAAGAGGAAGCCUCGGUUGACAUGCAGAACGACUUCCAGAGAGAAGCGGCACUCAUGGCAGAGUUUGACCAUCCCAACAUCGUUCGGCUCCUCGGUGUCUGCGCUGUGGGUAAGCCGAUGUGUCUGAUGUUCGAGUACAUGGCCCACGGCGACCUGAACGAGUUCCUGCGCCGCCGCUCGCCCUCCCGGUCAGUCCGCACCCUCAGCCGGGCCAGCCUGUCCGGCCGCAGCUUCUCCUCCGACCUGGACGCCGGGGCUCUCUCCUGCGAGGAGCAGCUGUCCAUCUCCAAGCAAAUAGCCGGAGGGAUGGCCUACCUGUCGGAGCGCAAGUUUGUCCACCGCGACCUGGCAACCCGCAACUGUCUUGUCGGAGAGGAAAUGGUCGUGAAGAUUGCCGAUUUCGGCCUCUCUAGAAACAUCUACUCCGCCGACUACUACAAAGCCAACGAGAACGACGCCAUCCCCAUUCGGUGGAUGCCUCCCGAGUCCAUUUUCUACAACCGCUACACGACGGAGUCGGAUGUUUGGGCCUACGGAGUGGUUUUGUGGGAAAUCUUCUCGCACGGAAUGCAGCCGUAUUAUGGUAUGGGUCACGAGGAGGUCAUUUACUAUGUGAGGGACGGUCACAUCCUUUGCUGUCCUGAGAACUGCCCCCUGGAGCUGUACAAUCUGAUGAGGCUUUGCUGGAGCACGCACCCGACGGACCGGCCGAGCUUCAGCAGCAUCCACCGGAUACUGGAGAGAAUGCAUCAAAACAAGCUGAACUCCAAUGUGGACACCGAGGCUGAGUACUAACUUUUGCCAAAUCUGUCGUCCCAGAGCAGACAAAUCUGAACCUCUGCUCCAAUUUGAUGUCUGGAAACCUAAAGACACGCUGAGCACAAGCCCACCUUCUGUACUCAGUAUCCUAUUGAACUGUGUUCCUCUUCCUUUUUAUACAUGAUUUUCUGUAUUUUUAGUCAUUUGUGUUGUAAUCAUUUUACCCUUUAGGACCUUCGUUUUUUAUGUAUACCAGGAGCUGUCCACCAUACAGACAGGUCUGCUGUAAAAAUGGAAAACAUCAUGUACAUAAUAGCUCCUGAAACAGAUACCUUUUCUCUAAAGCGGGGAUAGGCAGCUGAUGAGGUUUGGUCGUGAUCCAUUUCACCCUGUUGAGACUCGUGACAACAAUCUUGCAAGCUGUUACGUUCACUUAAAGUUUAGAGUCAAGCCCAAGACCGUCCCAAAUGACUUAAGAGGAAGUCAGAUUACUCUGAAAAAUGAGACAAACCAUAAACACAACCUUUACCUGAUUUACACUUGCAUAAUUUUACACAAUAUAAAAAUGAACUUGGUAUUGCAUUAUUUUAACAAUAAAUAAUCUCUUUGCUUUGAGAUCAACCAUAAAUCGAAAGAUUACCCAAACCGUGCACUAUUCUGGAUUUUGUCAGCAGUAAUUAAAACAUUUGCAAUAGUUUUACCUAAUUUGAUGGUAAAUUUACGAUCACAGCAGCUCAGCAGUCAACAGAUGAAAGGUGAGCUCUGAAUCAUCUCUGUAUUUGCUGAUUUAAAAAAGAUCUCUCCUUGUAGAACUUUCUUGCUGUGAAUCCAGUAUUCAGAAAUGUUCAUUUGUCUAUAAGUGUAUAAAAAAAUACUCCCUACCCCUGCUUUAAAGACUUGAAGCAAAAUUGAGUAAAUCUACCAUAGCUUUGCAGUCUGUAAACUGUGUGUGUGAUGCCCUGCGUUGACCUGACCCUUUCUACAUUUUCAUUUUCAACUUCUGAAACAUCAGGGACAAUGUUGCCAUGUUUUUUACUGGUUGCAGAAAAGGGGGGAUUUUCUGAAAAAGAAACUGGUGAUAGUUGGUACUGACUCAUAAAUGCUUUUUUUCAAAAGAAAACAACAAAACAAAUAAACUUGAUUUUGAGUCUGCUCUAGCUAAUUCCACAUUGGCACUCAAUCACUUUAAAUGAUGGCUUUUGAUUAUGUAUAUAUUCCAUUUCUUGGGCAUUCUCUUCUCGUGAUGCAGUAGAUGUUUGUGGCUGGCUUUUGUUGGAAGUUCAUGGUCAUCCUCAUCUGGCCCAAAUAGAUAUAUUUUCUGUAAUGGCAAUGCAAUUUCACAAAUUUGCGAACCUGAGUAGAAAUUAAUUUAGCUUUGAAACAUUGGUAAUAAAUCACUAAACACGACAAUAUCACAGGAUGAGUACCUGAUCGAUAAUAUGUAUUUCUUUAUUUUAAAAUGUGGUGUGAUAUGACAGCUUUCCUUAUUUGAGACAUGACAUAAACAUUUGUUACUGUUUGUAGUUUUCACAGGUAAAACAAAAACAAAAUAAAAAAAUUCUGGAGUUUUGAUCCGG